CUACUACUAUUCAGAUCAUACAUACAUACAUACAAAACUUGUUGAGAAGUGAGAAUUGAAGAAGAAAGAAAGAAAGAAAGAAGCUCUCUCAUCAAAUCUCAUGGCUUUGGAAGAAGAGAAAACGGAAAUGGAAAUGGCAGUGAAGGACAUAGAAGAAGAAGAUGAUGAGCUCGGUUCUAAGGAGAGAGUCCUUUACAAAUACUUCCUCCUUGAAUGGAAGCUCGUUAGCUCCCUUCUCAACGACAUCGUUUCCCAUGGCCGCGUCACCGACCCUUCUUCUGUCUACACUAUCCGAUCCAUCAUGGAUAAGUAUCAGGAACAGGGUCAAUUACUUGAGCCUUACCUGGAGAGUAUAGUUUCCCCUCUGAUGCUCAUUAUCCGUACUAAAACAAUUGAACUAGGGGUAGCUUCAAAAGAAAUUCUUGAAAUAAUCAAGCCUAUAUGCAUCAUUAUUUAUUCUCUGGUCACAGUUUGUGGAUACAAGGCUGUUAUCAAGUUCUUUCCACAUCAAGUUUCUGAUUUAGAACUAGCUGUAUCUCUAUUAGAGAAGUGCCACAACACAAAUUCAGUGACAUCAUUACGGCAGGAAAGUACAGGAGAGAUGGAGGCAAAAUGUGUAAUACUUUUGUGGCUUUCUAUACUAGUUUUGGUUCCGUUUGAUAUCUCCACCGUUGAUACUAGUAUUGCAAACAACAGUAAUCUGGGUGAACUUGAGCCAGCCCCCCUGGUAUUGAGGAUAAUAGGGUUUUCUAAAGAUUACCUUUCAACUGCUGGCCCCAUGCGCACUAUAGCUGGAUUGCUGCUCUCAAAGCUUCUCACACGUCCAGAUAUGCCAAAGGUCUUUAUGAGCUUCACUGAAUGGACACAUGAAGUCCUAUCUUCUGUCACUGAUGAUGUCUUGAAUCACUUCCGGGUACUUGGUGCUGUUGAAGCAUUGGCUUCUAUUUUCAAGUCUGGUGGUCGAAAACUCUUGCUUGAUGUGAUUCCAAUGGUUUGGAAGGACACUUCAGCAUUAAUCAAGUCCAGUGCUGCAACUCAGAGCCCUUUACUUCGCAAGUAUUUGGUGAAGUUAACUCAGCGGAUUGGGCUUACUUGUCUCCCUCAUCGGUCUCCUUCGUGGCGCUAUGUGGGCAGAGCUAGUUCAUUUGGAAAGAAUAUUUCUUUGCCUGCGUCCAGAAAAAAUGAUCAAUGCAGUCAUGGUCCAGAUGUAGACUCCUCUAACUUGGAAGAAAGUUCAGAUUACAUGCAAGAUGAAGAUAUGGAUGUUCCAGAUAUUGUAGAAGAGAUAAUUGAGAUGUUGCUCUCUGGAUUGAAAGAUACGGACACUGUAGUGCGUUGGUCUGCUGCAAAAGGUAUAGGCCGCAUAACUUCACGUCUAACAUCUGUGCUUUCAGAAGAGGUCCUUUCAUCUGUCUUGGAGCUGUUUUCACCAGGCGAGGGUGAUGGAUCAUGGCAUGGAGGUUGCUUAGCACUGGCUGAACUGGCACGUAGAGGAUUGCUCUUACCUAUAAGUCUUCCCAAAGUUGUACCUGUUGUUGUGAAGGCACUUCAUUAUGAUAUUCGAAGGGGUCCACAUAGUGUUGGAUCUCAUGUGCGUGAUGCUGCUGCCUAUGUUUGUUGGGCCUUUGGGCGUGCAUAUUAUCAUGAAGAUAUGAGAACCAUAUUAGAACAGCUUGCUCCACAUCUUCUAACUGUGGCUAGCUAUGACCGUGAGGUUAACUGUAGAAGAGCAGCUGCUGCUGCUUUCCAGGAGAAUGUUGGAAGACAAGGGAAUUACCCACAUGGCAUUGAUAUUGUGAACACUGCAGAUUAUUUUUCACUUUCUUCGCGAGUAAACUCUUACCUUCAUGUUUCUGUCUGUAUUGCUCAAUAUGAGGGAUAUCUUUAUCCGUUUGUGGAUGAACUGCUGGACAACAAGAUCUGUCACUGGGAGAAAGGCUUGAGAGAACUUGCUGCAGAGGCCCUUUCUGCUCUUGUCAAAUAUGAUCCUGAAUACUUUGCAGACUCUGUAGUGGAUAAAAUACUUCCUUGUACUCUCUCAUCUGAUUUGUGCAUGCGCCAUGGUGCAACUUUAGCUGCUGGUGAACUUGUUUUGGCGCUACAUCAAUGUGGUUAUGUUCUUUCCUCUGAAAAACAGCAUCGUAUUGCUGGUGUAGUUCCUGCUAUCGAGAAAGCACGACUUUAUCGUGGAAAGGGUGGAGAAAUAAUGCGUGCAGCUGUUUCUCGGUUCAUUGAAUGUAUCUCUUCAUCUCAUUUGUCUUUUCCUGAAAAGAUAAAACGAACUCUUCUCGAUACUCUCAAUGAGAAUUUGAGACAUCCCAAUUCUCAGAUUCAGAAUGCUGCUAUUAAUGCUCUGAAACACUUUUUUGGAGCAUACAUGGUUGCUGCUGAUACUGGAGGUACUGGUGAUAUAUCGUCCAAGUACCUGCAAUUGUUGACUGAUCAAAAUGUUGCUAUUAGAAGAGGAUCUUCCCUGGCUCUUGGUGUUUUGCCUUAUGAGCUUUUGGCUAAAAGGUGGAGGGAUGUGCUUUUGAAACUUUGUAGCGCUACUGCUAUUGAGGACAACCCUGACAAUAGGGAUGCUGAAGCACGCGUAAAUGCUGUAAAAGGACUCAUAUCAGCGUGUGAGACACUAACUCAGGCUAGAGAAGGUUCUAAUAUCCAUUCUUGGGAGGAUGACUUGUCUCUAUUUCUUCUGAUUAAGAAUGAAGUGAUGAUGAGUUUAUUUAAAGCUCUAGAUGACUAUUCUGUUGAUAACAGAGGUGAUGUGGGUUCUUGGGUCCGUGAGGCUGCUAUGUAUGGCCUUGAGAAAUGUAUAUAUAUCCUCUGUAAGAGAGAUUCCAUUGGUUCUGCUAGAAAAUCAGAUGAAGUUGAAUCCUCUGUAUCAGAGCUGCCUGAUUGUGAUAUGGUCAAAACUAACCAGAUGGACUCACUUUUUGAUGCAAAUCUUGCUUCCAUCAUAGUUGGAGGAGUUUGUAAGCAAGCUGUAGAAAAGAUGGAUAAACUAAGAGAAGCAGCUGCAAAGGUUCUCCAGAGGAUUUUGUACAACAAAACAAUCUAUAUUCCUUAUAUACCUUAUAGGGAAAAGCUAGAAAAAAUUGUUCCUAAUGAUACAGAUAUAAAAUGGGGGGUACCCACUUUGUCAUAUCCACGUUUUGUGAAGCUACUUCAAUAUGAUUGUUAUAGUAGACCUGUCCUAUCUGGGUUAGUUAUCUCCACUGGUGGGUUGCAAGAAUCUCUGAAGAAGGCAUCAAUUUCAGCAUUGUUAAAGUUUCUUCAAGCAGUUGAACCUGAAGACCUCAAUGAGAAAAGAUCCAGAGAGUUCAAGCUAUCUACUGAUAUCCUUUGGGUUCUUCAACAGUACAAAAGAUGUGAUAGGGUGAUUGUACCCACUUUGAAGACCAUCGAGAUUUUUUUCAGCAAAAAGAUAUUCUUAAAUAUGGAGGCUCAUACUCCAAUUUUCUGUGCUGGUGUUUUGGAUUCACUGGCAGUGGAAUUGAAGGGAUCAAAGGACUUCUCUAAGUUAUAUGCAGGAAUUGCUAUACUAGGAUAUAUUGCUUCAAUUUCCGAACCUAUCAACUCUAAGGCCUUCUCUCAUCUUCUCACUUUCCUUGGCCAUCGAUAUCCUAAGAUUCGGAAAGCUUCUGCUGAACAAGUUUACCUUGUCCUCCUGCAAAAUGAGAAUCUUGUGUCAGAGGAUGUUAUGGAGAAAGCACUUGAAAUAAUUUCCGAAACUUGCUGGGAAGGUGACAUAGAAGUGGCAAAGCACCAAAGAUUAGAAUUGUUCAAUAUGGCUGGUCUGGAAACGGGACUACUUCACAAGACUAAUGGAGUAUCAAACAAAGAUGGCAGGAAGAAAACUCCAGCAACUGAUGAAAAUGCAUCAUAUUCCUCAUUAGUUGACUCAAUUGGGUUCUGAUUUUUUUUUCCUCUUGAUGAGCUGAGUUUUUUAUUAAAUCUCGUAUUCUUGUAACUUCUCAACCUUUCUUAUUUUUUGGCCCAGUUAAUAUAUAUGGAAAUUUAAAGGUGCUUGCCAAAGUUAUAUUUAGGUACAACUAAAGAUAUUGAUUUGUUGAGAAUGAAAGUUAAGAGAGGUAUAUGCAACGUAAAGCUUGGUGGCAUGUUAGAAGUCACUGUAA